UUUUAAAGCCAGGCCUCUUAAAGCCAGAUGCCCUGUGAACAGGAAGUCUUUGGCAUGCCAGCUGUUCACAGCGAGGGCCGUUGCAGUGAGCAAAGUGGGUCAACUCCACCCCAUCCAAGUUGCAACUUCUCUGUGUGUUCUUCACUAGCAAAAUGGCAAGACAGGAGAUUAGAGAAAGAGGGGGGCAGUCACAGCCUUAAACAGAUGUUGUUGUUGUUUGCACUGUUCUUGAUGAGAUCCUUCUCUGAUGCUGACACGCAUUUUCUCUCUCCUCCUCCCCAUCCUCCACCCCCACCCAGCUGGCACAGAUUUUGCCCACAGAGGAGAACUUCCUGCUGUGUUUCCGACAGCAUGUUGGCUCCAGUGCUGAAUUCAUGGAGGCUUGGCGGAAAUACGAUACAGACCGCAGUGGCUACAUUGAAGCCAAUGAGCUCAAGGUGGGUUGAGCUGGGCUCUGUCUGUCUCUGGGACCAUGAGCUAAACGGGUUUCUGUCGGACUUGCUUGAAAAAGCCAACCGGCCUUAUGAUGAACCAAAGCUGCAGGAAUAUACACAAACCAUACUGCGAAUGUUUGACUUGAAUGGGGAUGGGAAGCUCUGCCUGUCGGAGAUGUCACGACUAUUACCCGUGCAAGAGAACUUCCUCCUUAAAUUUCAGGAAGUGAAGCUCAAUUCAGAGGAAUUCAAUGCUAUAUUUGCAUUUUAUGACAAGGAUGGAAGUGGCUUCAUUGAUGAGAAUGAAUUGGAUGGUCUUCUGAAAGAUCUCUAUGAGAAACACAAGAAAGAAAUGAGCAUUCACCAGCUCACCAGCUACAGGAAGAGCAUCAUGAACCUGUCUGAUGGGGGAAAGCUUUACUGCAAGGAGCUGGAAAUCGUACUUUGCAGUGAGCCCCUGCUGUGAAGGAGGAGGGAAGUAGGAGCUGCUCCCUUCACUAUUCUCCACCUGCUCUGCUCUGGCCUGCCCUGCCACAACUGACCACAAAGGCCACAAAGAUAAGAAAAAAAGACCACAAGGAGCAAUGAAAGGACGACUGUCUGACCUGUAUCUGGGUGACCCACUCAACCCUGCAAGGCUUGGCUUGCUGAUCUGCUUGUGACUUUGGCACAAGACCUCCUCAAUAUAGCAGGGGGCUCUAAUCAGGACAAUCAAUUUCCUCUUCUUGCUUGUUUCUCUUUCUUACUUACCAUAGUUUGUUCCUGUAAAUCCCCAGAUCUGAAGUGAAUUUUAUUUUUGCUCUUAAUUUUAAUAUUUUGCCUCUUUUUUUACUUUAAAUCUUCUUGUUUACCAAAGAGGAGUUUACAAAUAAAA